UUAAUUAGGUAAACAUAGUCAUAUACAGACCAAGACUUGUCAAAGUCGUCGACUUAGGCUGCUUUUGUUUGUUUUAUUAACUGUAACUGACCUUGAGUGAGAAUUUCUAUGGCUGCUGCCUUGCAUGUUGGAAGAGAAAUGAUUGUUGUCAGCUCAAGCGUGUGUCUUCAAAGCGCAUGCAGAAACCCAGUGAUAUGGUUUUCAUGAACAUGGAAAAGCUUAUUGCAAGGAAGUGAUCAAAGACUGAGGACUACCAUAUUCUCUGAUUGUUUGAGAUUGGAGCAACGGGAACACUGAACUACUUGGAAGUGUUAAUUUUGUGUUGGAAAGUCAACUAAACAAGGUUGCAUUAGCUGAGUCUUGAUGGAUUGCAUUAUUGGUUUUGCCUCUUCCAUUGCAAGAGAUUUGGCAUGUGGUGCAGUUGAUGAAUUGCGCUAUCCCUGUUGCUUCAACAAUUUUGUCGACGACAUUCAACGAAAGGAAGAUGCAUUGAUAAGAACAAGGAAUGGUGUAAAAAACCGUGUUAAACAUGCAAAGAAACAAGCAAUAAAGAAUACUGAAGUUUUUGAUGCAUGGUUAGAGGGAUCCAGCCCUCUCAAAAACAAUGUAGAGGAUCUGCUCAAAAAAGCAAGAACAAACAAGAGCUGUUGUUUUGGACUUUGUCCAAAUUGGAUUUGGAGAUACCAUCUUGCCAAGAAAUUAUCAAAGGAAAAACAGGAAAUUGAAAAGUGUAUUGAAGAAGGUAAAGAGUAUAUGCAAUUUGAACGUGUAGCUUCGCUGCCGCCCACUCUACAUCUCUCUGCAGCAAAACGUUUGAAAUUUGAUAGUAUGCAAUAUCCUUAUGAGCAACUUAUGGAAGCACUUAAAGAUGACAAGGUUACUACUAUUGGAUUGUAUGGCAUGGGAGGUUGUGGUAAAACCACCAUGGCAUUGGAACUUAUGAGGACUGCAGAAACUGAGCAUCUUUUUGAUAAGGUGCUUUUUGUGCCUGUGUCAAGUAAGGUCGAAGUUCGAAAAAUCCAAGAUAAGAUUGCUAGUAUGCUACAGUUUGAGUUUCCAGAAGAUGGAGAUAGGGAGAGAGCCCAACGUUUGAGCCAGAGACUAACUCUUGAUGAUGAGAGUACCCUUGUGAUCUUGGAUGAUGUGUGGCAAUUGCUUGAUUUUGGUGAAAUAGGAAUACCUUCGGGUGAGGAUCAUGGAAACUGCAAGGUUCUGAUAACCACACGAUCCGGAACAGUAUGUGGUUUGAUGGAUUGCCAAAGAAUAAUUCACUUAGCAACUUUAACUGAUGAAGAAGCAUGGUUUCUUUUUCAAAAGCAAGCAAACAUAUCUCUAGACAUGGAUAAUAAUCUAAAGCAAUUGGGAAGACUGAUAUCAGAUGAAUGUAAAGGGUUGCCUGUUGCUAUUGCUGCCAUGGCAGGGACUUUGAAAGGCAAGGCCGAAGAUGAUUGGAGGGUUGCAUUAGACAGACUAAGAAGAUCAAUUCCAGUGAAUAUCGAAAAAGGUUUGCAAAAUCCUUACAAUUGCCUGCGAGUAAGCUAUAAUAAUUUGGACACUGAAGAAGCCAAGUCACUUUUCUUGUUGUGUUCUGUGUUCCCUGAAGAUUUUAACAUCCCAGUGGAAACUUUAAUCAGAAUUGCAAUAGGGUUGGGCAUAGUUGGAGAAGUUAGAUCACUUGAAGGGGCAAGGAACGAAGUGAGUGCAGCGAAGAAUAUGCUAAUAAGUUCUUGUUUGUUGUCAUUGUCACACGACAAUGAUGAUGGAGAAUGUGUCAAAAUGCAUGAUUUAGUUCGCAAUAUAGCCCUCUGGAUUGCAAAGGAAGAGAAUAAGGUGGUGAAGUGUGCCUUGGAAAAGGAUGUGACUUUUGAAUCCAAUUCCAUAAAAUAUUUGUGGUGUAAGGAAGUUCCAAUUGAUUUGGAUUGUUCUAGUAUUGAAUUUCUCUGCAUAAAAACAGAUCUGCACAUUUCAGAUGAAAUUUUUGAAAGAAUGGAAAGCCUCAAAGUUUUGUCUCUAUGCUGGGAAGGUACUCACCGAAGAGCACUAUCAAUCGCCUCGUUCAAAUCGCUGUUGAACCUUCGCUGUCUGUUCUUAGAAUGGUGGGAAUUAGGUGAUAUCUCAUCUAUAGGCUGCAUGAAGAAACUUGAAAGUCUUACAUUGUGUCUUUGUUCAUUCUUUGAAUUACCUGAUGUUGUAACUACACAAUUGACAAACUUGAGAUUGCUACAUUUGUCAAAGUGUGACAUUGAAACUGAUCCUUUAGGAGUGAUUGGAAGACAACAACUGUUGGAAGAACUGUACUUCUAUGAUUAUGAAUGGGGUUUUGAUAUUGGAGAACAUGCAGAGUUCUUAAAAAAAUUUAGUGUCCCUCAAGCAUUGCGGAGGUAUCAGAUAAAGUUAGGACCUGAAUUCGAAGAUUAUGAGAAAGAAAUUCUCAGUGGUCAUAGAACUUUAGUUCUUAGUUAUUUUGAUACAUCAAAUGCAGCAGUUGUGGAUUUGGCCAAAAAAGCAGAUGUUCUGCUCCUAGCAAAUAUCAAAGCAGGUGGAAAAAACAUCAUCCCUGACAUAUUUCAAAUAGAAAGUGGAGGAGCUAUGAAUUACAGGUGGAUUGAGCUUUGGUUACGUGAUUCUGAGACGAUAGAAUGUUUGGUAGAUACUCGCAGCCAUUAUAAACAAGUAGGAGCUCUCUUUUCCGAGUUGCGCAAACUGGCAAUCGAACGUAUGGAGCACUUAGCAGCAUUAUACCAUGGUAUGCCUCCGGUUGGCCUUUUCAAGAACUUAGAGCAACUAUAUAUCUACAAAUGUCCAGUUUUAACAUGUCUCUUCGUUUGUGCGGUUGCUCGAAAUUUGAUACAGCUGGAAAAACUAGAGAUAGUGUCUUGUGAUGGACUGAAAUACAUAAUGGCAGAUGAUGACACAGAGGUAAAGGAGAUUAACAGAGAAGAUGACAUUUUGGUGUUCUCAAAAUUGAAGCAGCUUCGAAUCAAUGGGUGCUCGAUGCUGGAAUAUACAAUUCCAGUAACCUUUGCUCAAAGCCUUGUACAGUUGGAGUCUCUGGAAAUUUCCAGAUGUGGUGAGUUGAAACAAGUGUUUGGACAAAGCAUGCACCAAGGUCACAAUCAAACUGAACCUGAUAUUGAGCUUCUUGCUCUUGAAAAGCUUCAACUUACUUCCAACUCGAAUAUGGUUAGCAUUUUCCCCCAACAUUGUUCUGCAACAUUGCCAUCUCUGUAUGAGUUUUAUCUGUGGGAUUGUCCAAAGUUUGAUGUAGCUGUCAAUUCAUCCAAGGCUAAUCGUUGGAAGGACGUUAGGAUCAUUGAGAAGGAGUUCCUGACUUCAAAAUCUCUAGUGAUAAACAACUCCAACAUGGAAAGUAUUUUUAACCUUGAUCGGGUGGAUACGCAUGGACAACCAAUCACCUUGAGUUUGCAACACCUACGAGUGCUUUAUCUAUGUCGAAUGAAGUAUAUCUGUGUUGGUCUGGAAAACUCCUUUGCCUUUCAACAUCUCAAGAAAUUAGAAAUAUAUGGAUGUGAAAAGGUUGAGGUAAUCUUUCCUGUUUCUGCUCUGCGAUACCUACCCGAAUUGGAGCGACUAGAGAUAACAGAAUGCCAAGCCUUAAAGCAAAUCAUUGAAGAGGAUGUGGAGAGUAAAAGGAGUUUGAAUCGUUUUCAUCGGCAGCCAUGCUUCCCGAAACUAGCUGCACUUUUUGUCAACAAUUGUCACAACUUAAAACGUCUGUUUUGUGUGUCUGUAUCAAAUGAUCUUCCUAAUCUAAAGUUGCUCAUCAUAUGGGGUGCCAGUGAGCUAGAAGAACUGAUCAGCGACGAGAUCGGGAAGGCGAAAGUUGAGCUACCAAAGCUUAAGCUUGCAGUGCUAACCUAUCUAUCCAGUCUUUGCCAAGAGAUUGAAUUGCCCAGUCUAAUGCUUCGUGUUGUCCAUGAUUGUCCAAAACUCUCUUUGACUUCAUCAUUUCCUACGCUUGAGGAGUUUGAAGGAAAACUUUCUGAAUUGAACAAAGAUUUGGAAAUUGAUGAGUUUUAUAGGUGGAAGUUAGUCAAGAUGGUAGGUGAAAUUAUUAAAUCAGAUAGCAGAGUUGAGGAUCCUACUAAGGAAGUCACUACAUACUUUCCAGUUGGCGCUGAAGAUGAAACCAGAAGCACUAUGGAAAUUCAUCAGAGUAUUAAGAGAGACAUUGGAGAAGGAGCUGCUUCACAUAAUGGCAAGACAGUAACCCUCUCAAAUCAUUCACAAUCAGCUAGACCAAAGUCAGGCCAGUUAGUUAAUUCUCGGCAUAAAUCAUAUUCACAUCCAACAAAUAAAAAUAAUGACAAUCGUCCUGUAAUUGUUAGAGAUUCCGAGUAUGAUGUUCCCAUCAGUUUCGUCCAAAUAGGGGAAGAAGACAACAAUGACCGAAAAAUUGCACCUUCUGUUUCUGUUCUCGCAGAAAAACAUCCUGUCACCGAAGAAAAUUUGGUGGAGAAGGUCGUUGCCGACAUAGAAGAAUCUCUAAAGAUGCCUCUGAAGGACAUAGCUAGUUCUGAGGCUAACUGUCUUCGCCUUCUAACUGCUCUUAAAUUCUUGUCUCACCUUCCUCUAGAAGAUGAGACUCUAUCAAGUGGACUUAAAGCAGUCAUAGACUCCUUACACCAAGAAUUUCCAAGCAUUCUAUGGUCCUUUAAACAAGCCUUUGCUGCCACGCAUAGAUUUGCAGUGCUUGAAGAAAAGAAGAGAUGCAUUAUGGAAGAGCCGAGUUAUCAAAACGAGAAAGCCUAUGAGAUGGAAGAAACUGUGAAGAAAGGAAUCAUUAGGCUGGGGAAAGAAAUAGAGGACUGUGAAGCUGAACCGUCAUCUCUUGAAGAGGAAAAGAAGCAAUGCAUUUUCGAAAGUACAAGGGUGAAAAAGGAAUCUGAGAGUGUGAGGAAAGACAUUCCCCAAAUGGUGGAAUAUCAAAGAAAAGCUAAGCAGCAAUUAUUUGAGGUCAAUUAUAAAUGGUCAGCUUUGUGUAGUCAAUUUCAGCUUAACCACAUGGUUGCCAGAAGACCCUCUUAAGGAUUCUUCAUGAUCGUUUAUUUCUGCUUUUAUUUUCUUUGUGAAUUUUCCAAAUGUAUAUUCCUCCUUUAUUACUGUACUUAGUAUCUUUUUUUUUUUUUAUAACUACUGAUUUGGUGUAAUGCUUGUUGUUUGAGGUCAAGUACACUUCCCAAUGGUUUGAAUAAUCCAAAACUUUCACUUGUAAUGGUCUUCCACUUCCUGUUAAAAAUGAAUGUCUUCUUUUUCAAGAAGAAACA